UUUGCUUGAAGAAUGCAGCAGAAGCUCACUGCACUAUUUCUUGCCCAUUUAAAGUUCCACGCAUGCGGUCACACUGUAAGCAGCAGGUAUAAAAAGCAUCGUUUGAAAACUACUUGUUGCUGCCAUAGCAACGGUAAAAAAGCAUAAACAAUAAACUUUCGUGGAUAACUGCAAAAAUGCAGCAGAGCCUAAGCAAAAAGAUGAGCUUCUAGUGUGUCGUGUGUGUGUGUGUGUGGUGAAAAUGUCCUUUGAGAAGAUAUUGUACAAAUACGAUGAACCACACGGCAUUGGCGAUGUUUACUUCAUUUGGCAGAAGAGCGCGGGAGCUUUGCUGGCCACAACGGGCACCGAUGGCUCCGUCGCCCUGUACAAUCGCCAAGGGCAGCUGGUGCAGCGCAUCAUCCUAUCCGGUUUGUGUUCGGGUUUUGCCUGGGAUGCGGAUGGGGAACUCUUGGGCAUCAUCACCAGCAGUUCACCGAAUGUGACGCUCUGGGACUAUGCCACACAGCAAAAGAUCACAGUGGAGUCCGGGCUGCGUGAUCCGCUCACCUGCAUACUUUGGUCCAAGCAGCAACAGUUGCUUGCCGUCGGCACAGGUCGUGGCAAUCUGGCCAUCUAUAAUCAUCGGAGUGGUAAACGUACUCCGGUGCUGGGUAAGCACAAUAAGAGGAUUACAUGUGGCGCGUGGUCUGCUCAGAAUUUGCUCGCACUCGGCUCCGAUGACAAGAGCUUCUCGUUGAGCAGCGAGGAUGGGGACACGGUGAGAAUCGUUCAGCUGCGUGAUGCUCCGACGGAUAUGUACUUUGCCGAGAUGUCCAACGAUGAGCACUUGGCCGGUGACAAUGCGAUCAGCAUGAUCAUUGGCAAACGUACGUUGUUUCUGUACUAUUUGCCCCAGCCGGAGAAUCCCACGGAGCUGGGCUUUCAGAGUCGCUACGGUUCGCUAUUGCAGCACAAAUGGUUUGGCGAUGGCUACAUUCUGUUGGGCUUCUCCAAUGGCCAUGUAGUGGCCAUAUCCACGCAUCCCAAAGACGUCGGCCAGGAGCUGUGGCAGGUGAGGAAUCACAAGGAUACGCUGACGGGAUUGGCUUACUGCCCAACGCUGGACAUUGUGGCCUCGUGUGGGGAUGAUAACAUCAAAAUCCACUCGAUUACCAAUCUGCAGGAGACGGAACGCAUUAUCACUGUGCCGGAUCAUGCGACUGUCCAAAUGAUUGACUGGUCCCCAGAUGGACAACUCUUGGCCGUCACCACCAGUGUGGGCACCGUCUAUACCUAUGUGACCAAGCUGCCGCAUAUGUUUGCCGUCUCUGCACCACGCCUCGUUAUGCUGAGCAGCCUGGCGGAGGUCUCCAUCUAUGUCUAUGCACCGGAUAAAUCAAAGGCGUUACCAUUUCGCCUGCCUCUGGAAACGGAGCCCACUUUUCUGGCCAUUGGACCGUACAAUUUUGCUGCGGGCGUGGACAAACACGUAUGGUUCUAUGAUCUCGGCAAGAGUUUGGGCGAUGAGCCGCGUCCCUUGAACGAACGUGAUUUACCACAUGAUAUUGUGGCAAUGAAACUGAAUGCGGAUUAUUGCGCUGCUCUGUGUCCGCCCCAAUUGAUACUGCAGGCCAUUGCAACGGAUAAUCCCAAUUGCAAGGAUAAACUGCAGGCUAGCUUUCCCAGUGCGCUGCCCACCAUGCCCAGCGAUGCGGUCAUCACGUGCUUUGCCCUCAGCCAGGAGCUGCUCAUCUUUGCCACCGACAUUGGCCACCUGGUCUUCUUCUCGCUGGAGAAGUGGGACACCUGCACCGUCUAUCGUCAUAGCAACGGGAUCAGGCAACUCUUCACCGAUGUCGAAGGCACCAAAACCAUUUUUAUCGAUGAACAUGGCCAGGGUUUUGUUUAUUUGCCCGCACUGGAUCAGGAGGCGCUGCUCAUAGCGGACAUGCCCAAACAGUGUGUGGGCUGUCUGUGGGAUCUGACACAGCCAAACAUCUUCAUUAGCUAUGAUGCGCGUAUGGUUUACACGCAUGUCUUUGCCCGCCACUCGGUGCGUGGCAGACACACCCAGAAAUUGGGCGAAUCCAAACUGAAUCCCGGCCAGGUGCCGUUGUUGCUGUGCGCCGGCGAAAUGGCUUUGCAUAUCGAUGGGGGGCAGUAUGCGACACAAUCGUUGAGCACCCAUGUCGUCAAUCCCGCCAACAUUCAGUGCGAGAAUCUUCAACUGCUGCUCGGUCUGAAGAAAUACGAUGAGGCCUACAAGCUGUGCGAACAGAUGCGCAUGGAUUACGCCUGGCGACUGUUUGGCGAGCAUGCAAUUGCCGAUCUGGAGCCGGAGAUUGCUUUGCGCGCCUAUCGUCAGUUGGGUGAUGCAGCUCUCGUGAACGCUCUCGAGGAGAUGCGCUAUAUCGAGGAUCUGCACAUGUUGAGCGGCUGCUGCUGCAUGCUGUUGGGCCAAUACGAUCAGGCGAAGGAAUAUCUGCUGAAGGGAGUUUAUACCCGUGCAGCGCUUGAUCUCAGCCGGGAUUUGCUACAAUGGGAUCAGGCAUUGCUGCUGGCCCACAAAUAUGAGCCGCUGGAGGUGCCGUUUAUAGCACGUGAAUAUGCCCAACAGCUGGAGUUCACUGGAAACUAUGCGGAUGCAUUGUAUCACUAUGAGAAGGGCUACAAGGAGGAUUUGAUCAACAAUGAGGAUGCAGAACCAUCGCUGCUGCUGCACAGUUCGCCGGAAUACGAGGAGCAUGUGCGUCUGUGCAAAAUGGGCAUUGCACGCACCUCAAUCAGAGCUGGAGACUUUCGACGUGGCAUUCAAUAUGCUGUCGAGCUGCAGGAUAAGCAGCUGCUCUUCGACUGUGCCGAGCUACUCGCCACUGUGGGUCAUCUCACUGAGGCUGCUGGUCUCUAUGAGCGUGGCAGCUUCUACGACGAGGCAUGUGGCCAUUAUAUAGCUUUGAAGAUGUGGCACAAGGCGAACAAUAUUUUGGUGCAUGUGAAGAGCAGCAAGCUGCAUGCCGCCUACGCCAAGGCCAAGGAAUCGGAUGGCCAGUUUGAGGAGGCCAUUAGAAGCUAUCGCAUUGCUGGCGACUUGGAUGCCUGUGUGAGAAUCUAUCUGGAUCACCUAUGCGAUCCGCAUUCUGCCUCCGAAAUUGUGCUGGAAUCGCGUUCGAUGGAUGCGGCCAAGUUGCUCGCGAAGUUCUAUCAGAAGAUCAAUGAUAUUGAGCAGGCGUUGCAGUUUCUUGUCAUCUGCGGCUGUGUGGAGGAGGCCUUCCAACUGGCCCAGCGCCACAACAAGUUACGGCGUCAUGGCGAACUCCUAGAACGCUACGAGAAUGCCAAAUCGGCAGACUAUCUGGCGCUGGCGCAUUACUUUGAGAGCGAGAAAUAUACGCUGCUUGCGGGCAAAUAUUAUUUUCUCGCACGCGAAUUUACCAAAGCGUUGCGUUUUCUGCUCAAAGCCUCCGCUUUUAGCAAUGAGGAAUCUCAAGCACUGUCGCUGGCCAUCGAUUGUGUGGCAACAUCGAACAACGAGCAGCUGGCGACGCAACUAAUUGAGUUUCUGCUCGGUGAAUCGGAUGGUGUGCCCAAGGAUCCGCGUUAUCUAUUCCGCUUGUAUAUGGCACGCAAGCAUUACAAAGAUGCGGCUAAGACUGCUGUCAUUAUUGCCAAUCAGGAGCAACUGGCGGGCAAUUAUAAAUCAGCACGAGAUCUGUUAUAUUCCAUGUACCAGGAGCUGCGACGCAAUAAUCUCUCGGUUACGGCGGAGAUGCGUCACAAUUUGAUACUGUUGCAUCGCUAUACGCUGGUGCGCAUCCAUGUCAAGCUGGGCAAUCAUCUACUGGCCGCCAAGCUGCUCGUCCAAGUGGCCGCCUGCAUAUCACAGUUCCCAGAGCACAUUGUGCCCAUAUUGACUUCGACGGUCAUUGAAUGUCAUCGUGCUGGCCUCAAGAAAUCCGCCUUUACCUAUGCCUCGAUGCUGAUGCGACCCGAUUACCGCAAUCAGCUGGACGGACGUUAUGUCAAGAAGAUUGAGUCGAUUGUGCGCAAGGCACCGAAAGGCAUUAAACAGCUGCGCGAUGAGAUCGAUGAUGAGACCAUGGAGUGUCCCAUUUGUGAUGCCAACUUGGCCAACAUGGAGGUCACCUGCUACAGCUGCAAGACAACGCUGCCCAUUUGCAUAGCGACAGGUCAGCACAUCAUUAAGCAACAGAUGACCUCAUGUCCACAAUGCGAUUUCCUUUGCUUUCGCGCCGAAAUGGAGAACAUACUCUCGGAGAAUGGCGACUGUCCCAUGUGCGGGGAGCGUGUGGCGCCUGAGCAGCUGUUCGAUGUGGAGGAUAUACGCCCCUAUAUAUUGGCCGCAUCCUAAACUGAUCAAUUAGUUACUAAGCAAGCAUAUAUAGACUGCACUGAACAACACCAAAAAUAGUAUUUAUAAGUUACAUAAGGCACCGAUUUCACCUGGUAUAACAAAUUAAACAAUGGAUAUUCCAUGA